AUGGCGUUUUAUGAGGAUAAUAAUAAUGUUAAGUACACACUUGAUAAGAGUACUUUGUAUCUCGUUCCUUCUGGAACGAAACAUGUUUCGAUCCUCUCACAAACGAAGUACGUCAGAGGAGAAUCAACUACAUCGUAUGCAUUUUAUGACUGCAGGAACAGUAUCAUGUCAUUUUCUUUCUCAUCAGACUCUCUCCUCGAAGAAGUUCGUGACUACGCUUUCCUCGACUGCGGACUACUCACUGAUGUUGACUUAACACAGUGCAAACAUCUAAAAUACAUCGGUGCACAAUCUUUCAAAGGAUGUUAUUCUGUCACAAGUAUCAAACUUCCUUCAAGUGCUUCAACACUUGGUGAAUCUGUAUUCAUGAACACUAGUAUUUCACAAAUUGAUCUUCCUACAUCACUCACAAUCAUUCCAAACUCAUGUUUCAAAGACUGUUCAUCACUUAUGUAUAUUAAUUUUCCAACACAAAUCAACAUUGUUGAAAUUGGAAGAAAUAUUAUUUCAAACACAAAAAUAAGAACUUUUAAUAUACCAGCUUCUGUUACAAAUCUUUAUCCAAGUUGUUUUUGUUACUCAAACGUUGAAAGUAUUUCAAUUAGUUCAGGCAAUUCUAAAUACAAGAUCAUCAACAGUAUUGUUCUCACAAGUGAUGGACAACAAGCUGUUUGUUAUCCCACAAAAAUGACCGAUAAAGUGAAUGUUCCCUCAGGAGUCAAAACCUUGGGAUAUUGUUGUUUUAAAUCAUGUUCUCUAACCCAAAUUGAGCUACCUAAUACAUUAAUAUCUAUUAUAGAUGAGUGUUUUAGAGACUCAAAGUUGAUUGAAAUCAAUAUUCCAAAUUCAGUUACAUCAAUUUUUUCGAGUGCUUUCAGAGAUUGUAUUUAUCUAACAACAGUAACUUUAUCAGAAAGUCUUAAAUCAUUACCUGGUAGUUGUUUCUAUAACUCUUCAAUUACAUCAAUUGUACUUCCUUUGAGUAUUGUAACCAUCGGAGGUUCAUGUUUUCGUAAUUGUCCGAAUCUCAAAAAGAUUACAUUACCAGAUAAUUUAACAAGUUUUAGUGGGAGCACUUUCCCUUCAACGGCCGAAUUAGUUUUCAGGCCAGAAUCUAAAUUUUACAUUGAUAGUCAAUCGCUUGUAUUAGAUAAAUCAAAUACAACUAUUUUUGCAUAUUUAGGUCCUAAUGAACCAAGAGAAAUCACAGUUUUAGAUUCAGUUGAAACCAUAAUGGGUGGUGUAUUCUCAGAGAAAGAUCGUCUUUCAAAAAUUAUAUUUUCUUCAGCAUCGAAGUUAAAAUCUAUCAAAGGUAGUGCAUUUUAUUAUUGUUCCAAUCUUGUUUUUGUUAAUCUGCCUACAACAAUUGAAGAGAUUGGAGGAUAUGCUUUUGUUUUAUGUAAUAAGUUAGAAACGAUGACAUUUAAUAAAGGCAAAACUUUAGGCAGUUGGGCUUUCCAUUAUGCGAUGGGCCUUCAGACAUUUAAUUUUGAAUCAUCAACAAUAGAUUUACUUGAAGAUAAUUGUUUCUAUCACUGUAUUAAAUUGACAUCAAUAAGAUUACCAAGUACCAUUAAAUCAAUUCUGGCAAAUGUUUUUUAUGAUUGCAUAGCUCUCAAUAAUUUUAUCAUCACAGGGAAUUCUUUGAAAUCAAUUGGUUCAAAAUCAUUUGCUAAUUCAGGAAUUACAUCUCUUGAUCUCUCUGGUUGCACUUCAAUGACAAGUUUGACAUCUUAUGCAUUGAGUGGAACUCCUUCAUUGACAAGUGUUUCGUUGCCAGAGUCUCUCACUUCCAUCGAAGAUUAUUGUUUCAUGGGAAGCGGCAUCGAGAGUAUCGCAUUCCCAGCAUCAUUGUCUAGUCUAGGUGUCAAUGCAUUCUUGAACUGCAUAUCUCUCACAUCAAUCACUAUUCCUUCUGGAAGUUCACUUGACUCAUCGAGCAUCGGAAUUGGUGCAUUCCGAGGAUGUUUCAACCUUCGUUCGAUCAACUGUGACUCAUCAUACUUCGAAGUUGUCACAGGUGCACUCUUCACUCGAGGUCUCGAUUCUCUCUUUUUGUUCCCUCCCGCAUCUCCAAUAACUUUCUUCUCCCUCCCUGGAAACACGCACAACAUAAACGAAGGUGCAUUCCUCUCUUGCACGAACUUAGUCUCAGUUUUCAUUCCAUCAGACAGCAUAUCUCGAAUCUCGACCAGUGCAUUCGAAGGCUGCACAAGUCUCACAUGGAUCAACAUCCCCAUUUGUGUCUCUAAUGUUGGUAGUUCAGCAUUCAAAGGCUGCGACAAACUUGGCUGUGGCAUCAAUGUCGAGAACAAGAGUGAUUCAUUCCUGAAAGACCUAUUCGACAUCGCACUUCUUCCUCGACACUCUGUCAAACCUUGUGAUUCAUACGUAUGCACUAAGAAAUACUGCUUCAACAGCUACUUCACUUCUUCUCUUAUCUCUUUCAUCGCAGUUAUUAUUGUAAUGUGA